AGCACAAUGAGAUCCGGUCCUGAGAUUGGUAUUCACAGGUAAAUACCACGACCGAGAAAUUCUAUAAACUAUGGGGGACACUAUCGUCUAUGUCGAAAGUGGGUGCCGGAGCUAUCAAGGAAGGGUGUCCGAAAGGCACGAACACAAACAUGAUGAUGUCAGUCAGAACAAAACUGAAAAAUAGAAUAGAAGAGUCGAGAUAAGAGAUUGUACAUGAGAGAGAGAGAGAGAGAGAGAGAUAGAGAAUAGUUGCUGAUGUCUGACGCAGCCACCACCCAUUGACGGCCGCCACGCUCCGUUUCUUAGACUGCUCUUUCGCCGCCUCGCUCUCUCCCCCUUCUUCCCCAGUGGCAGGGAGGAACGAAAGGAUUGCAUGCACAAGCUGGUAAUGAUGGCCGUUAGUUUUUUACACUAGAGAUUCUCAAAGCUCAGAGACAGACACGUUGACUUUCAAACUGAAACGCUCAAAAUUGACUCCUCCCCAAAAACCUGCUUGCUCAUCAAUUAACGGAAGAACCACCCCCCCAGCCUUUCUCGAUAUAUAGACGAAACCACAAGUUCACAACCACAAGAAGAAAGACCACACCUCCAAAAAUAAUAGAGAAGAUUUAGAGAAACAAAGAUGCACCAAGAGAGAGAUGGAGGAGGACCAGAAGACAUGAAGGCACAAGACUCGAAACUAAAGCCUCUGCAAGCUGAAAACGAUCAGCAUCAUCAUCCUCAAAAAUGCCCUCGCUGUGAGUCUCUCAACACCAAGUUUUGUUAUUACAACAACUAUAGCCUGUCUCAGCCCCGUUACUACUGCAAGGCUUGUAGAAGGUACUGGACUCAAGGAGGAACCCUCAGAAACGUCCCCGUCGGAGGCGGUUGCAGGAAGGGGAAGCGUGCAAAAACCUCCUCAUCUGCUGGCGAGAAUUCUCGGUCUCAGCAGCCCCCACAGCCGCAGCAAGUACAACAAAAUUUGACAAACCCACCAGCUAUAAUCCCCUCCGAUCCAGUUUUCACCCCAAGUCCAGCUCUAAUGACCACAGAACCCGGCAAUUUGGCUUCACAAUCUGGAGCAUCGAUCCAUUCAACUGCGCCGUACUAUGCUGGAGGUGGGAAUUUAUCCUCUUUGGCAGCAAUUCAAUCGUUAAUGAAUCAACCACAUUCUUUCAGUCAAGCUCUCACUUAUGCUAGGGGAAGUUUGGAGGGUUCUUCAAAUUUGGAUCUUCUACAAGGCCGGUUUACUGUCCCUUCGUUUGGGUCACAACAGCAGCAGCGGCAAGUCCAGCAAAGGCAAUUUUAUCCAAUGGGUAACAUAGAUAGAAGCAUGGAACCGCUCUAUUUUACUGGAGAAACAUGGAGUCAGUCAAACAGGCAGACCAACACUUCUUCCCAUGACUGGUAUCAGAGCUUUCUGAACAAUACUAACGCCACGGCCGCUGACACCACUCUGUGGAGUAUUAGCACCGCUGCCACCGCCACUGGUAAUGCUAACGGCAAUAACAAUGCUGCUUCUACUUCGAAUCCAAGUCAGUGGCCUAAUCUCCCUGGAUUUGGUCCUCCUCCGUGACCUUCUUCAGCCAUUUUUAAAAGCUCCCUCAAGCUCCAUAGAUCAAGCAGCUACAUAAUUUGGUGGAGUACUUUUUUUUGCUUUGUAUACCCAAAAAAGAGCCCAUUAAACCUCUAUCUGUCUACCCUUUUGUCUUUUUGUUUUACUUUGCAUGGUUUAGGCCCUCAGGGAAUGAUUGAUCGGUUCGUCAUAGUUAGAACAAAGAGAGUUUAGCAUCUUGUGAUGCGAUUCAUUGUAGAUGAAAGAAUAGCGGCGUUAAUCCCCGCGUUU